AUGGACCAGGAUAAUUUAGAAUACUAUCAGGGACUCUAUUUCCAGGUAGAAGAUUAUAGCAUGGAAUGUGGGAAUGAGGAUAGUGAUGAACUUAUAGCAAAUGCUCUUCAAGAGGAACUAUCUCAGCUCGCUACUACAGAUACAGAUCAGUCUGUGCAUGAAGAAUCGGAAAAGUUGCAAUCAUCUUUCUUCUUACCUGAUUGGCCUGAACAAUCUAUUCAAAGCUAUGCUUCAGUCGUCCAUUGUGGGAAAGCAGAAGCUAGCUUACAUUCCAGUUCAUGCCCUACCCCUGAUGAAGAAGGCAAAGCCACAGUUGAUGAUCAUUGUCUGCCGCACUGGCCAUAUUUCUUAGAGCUGCCAGAUGAGUAUGCCUAUGACGGCGAACUGGGAAGGAGGUUAAAUCAAAUGGUUUGUGUUCCGGUGACUUUAGCAUUCAUCAAAGAAAUGUUUAACCAUCUUAAGUUGCCGCAACAACAAGCCUUUUCUCGCCUUUGA